AUGUCGUCCACUCAACUCGACGCCGAAGCUAUCGCCCGGCUCUCCCUGCACGCCCCCGCUCACUUCGGCAUUCAGCACUCUCAAACUAUCCACCGCUUGGAACUCCUGCAGCGCUGGAACAUCCCAUUGGGGUCCAAGGUAUUGGAGCUAGGAUGCGGGCAGGGGGACUGCACGACUGUCCUUGCCUCUGCUGUAGGUGAGGAGGGCAGCGUGGUGGCUGUCGACCCGGCGGAUUUGGAUUAUGGUGAGUCAUCUCGCCCUUCUAAUCAUGCAGAAGAGGAAAGCAGCCAACUGAUGACCCGUGCAGGUUCUCCGUUUACUCUCGGCCAGGCACAGGGCCACAUCUCGCAAGGCCCACUGGGUGGGCGGAUCACUUGGGUCCAACAAUCACCGCACGACUACCUCUCCUCUCUUCCCUCCCCCAGUGACAGCGACAGCAAGGCAUUUGACGUAGCAGUGCUUGCUCACUCCCUGUGGUACUUCGCUUCACCCUCGCUCAUCGUCUCCACCUUCCACGCCCUCAAGCAGCACAGCAAGCGUCUCCUGCUCGCCGAGUGGUCGCUGGUAGCGACGCACCCCUCCGCCCAGCCUCAUGUACUAGCUGUGCUCACCCAGGCGGCCCUAGAGUGCCGCAAACCUCAAGGCAGCAGCAAGUCGAAUGUUCGUACAGUGCUAAGUCCAAAGAGGCUUGCUGAGCUGGCGCUGGAAGCAGGAUGGCAGUUGCAGAGCGAGACCCGUGUGCAAUGUGGGGAGGGAUUGUUCGACGGACAAUGGGAAGUCUAUGCUUGUCUCGAUCCCUCUUUUACAAAGCAAGUGGAGGAGCUGGUGACUGAUGAGAGGGAGCGGGCGGUGGUCUUCGCAACGCGGGAUGCGUGCGAGGCGAGCUUGGAGGGCGUUCAAGGAGGUCGGAAAGGAGUUCGCUCCAUGGAUGUGUGGGUUUCUAGUUUCGUCUGA